AUGGCGUUCACUCUUACGUCCAAACAAGUUUUGGAGUUCUUGCCCUUGAACACGUGGACCGAGGUUCAUUUGCUUGAAAGUGAUUUGAAAAAUGGGUACGUAGUGACAACUAAGGAAAAAAUGGAAAAGCGAAAGAAAGACAUGGAAUCAAUUUCAUUAGCGAGUAGCUUAUAUUAUGAUAAAGUUACACAAUUUGAAACAUUCAAAAUAGUAGCUGUUGAAAUUGAAGGCAAAUGGUUCAGAGGGAAACUAAUUAGUUUCAAUGAAUUUGUAACUAACAAUACCAUGAUUCAAUUAAUUGAUUAUGGCUCUGUUUAUGAAACUAAAUUAGAAAAUCUGUUUGUCCUUCCAUAUUUUUUUUUGUAUGAACCAUUAGCUUUACCAGUUAUAUUCAAAGAUUAUAUUCCGAAGAAAACAACAUUUUCUAUAAAACCCCUUCUGUCAGAGAGUAAUCUAUAUGAAGGAGCUGUUCUUGUUGAUGUUCACUGUAAUGAUAAAAAAAUGGAAAAUUGUGUUGAUGAAAAACAGUUAUUAAAAUCAAAAAAAGACCUUAACUCUGCUAAUGAUUCAAAAAUUAUAAGUGUAAGAAAUAAUAUAACCCAUGGUCAUGAUAUUAACGAAUCAAGCUUACAUGUAUCUAGAACAUUCAGAAAAGGGAGCUUCAUUAGCAAAGAAAAACUGAACAAUGUGCCAUUAAAAAAUGAGGAUUAUUGCAUUUUGACUUAUUUUAAAGAUUUUACUUGUUUGUAUGUUGGAAAAGCUAUACAAUGUGGCAAUAAUGGCAGUUACAAUUUUGUUGAUUACGAUACUUUAUUAAACACAGCUAAGAGUAUAGAUAAAAUACUAAAGUAUAAUCCAGUUGUGGGAGACAUAGUCAAAGUUUAUUCAUCUGAAAGUGAUGGUUUAUAUAGAGCGAAAAUAUUAAAAAAUAAUAAAGGCUGUUAUGAUGUUUUCUACAUUGAUUUUGGAAACAUUGAAACAGUUUCAUCAAAUGUUAUUUAUGAAUUGACUGAUGAAUUGAAUAAGCCUGGAAUAGCUGUAAAAAUAGGACUCGGUGAAUUAAAAGAUAUUCAAACAACUGAACAAAUUGAAGAUAUGUUUCAAACAUUUUGUGACGUUGGAAAGCCAUUUAUUAUUGAGUUCAAUGAAAACUCUAAAAAUUGUCUAGAAAAUGUGAAAUUAAAAGAUAUAGAAAAUGGAUCAUAUAUUAAUUCUAAUUAUUUAAUGAAAUGUACAUCAAUACAAACUGAAGAAUCUAUUCAAAAACCAAAAAAUAUUACUGAAAACGAUACAGUGUUGAUAAACACACCAGAACUAGAAGUUAUACCAAAUAUUGAAUUGAGAACUGACGAUACCGUUUUUUGUACAAAUGGUUCAAAUAAAUGGCAAAGUGGUGAUCAUGUUGAAUUUUUAUUUGGAAAAAAUGUUGAGAAUAUUUUUGUAAGAAACAUAAAAUUAUAUGAAAAAUUUAAAAAUGUUUUGGACCAACUAAAAGGAGAAAAUAGUGAACAUUACAAACCAAUAGCCGUAAAAUCUGGCGAUUUUGUGGCAGUAUAUUCUACAAAGAAUAACGCAGGGGUGUAUAGAGCUAUGGUUUUGAUACCAGAUGACAAUACAAAUAUGGUAAAAUGUAGCUUAAUCGAUUUUGGGGAAAAUUAUUUGAUUCCAUCUAAAAAUAUAUUUGCGUUGCCAAACUAUGUUUCAUUAAACAAAAUACCAACAAUAGUUCGUAGAGUUUCCCUUACCGGUUUAAACAAUAUCUCAAAUAUUAAUAUUAAAACAUAUCUAUCUUCAUUGAAAGGAAAAAUAUAUGCUAUGAAACAUGAUAAAAAACCUGGACAAAGGAAUAGAAAUGAAGUUGUAUUAAAAGAAUUACAUAGAAGUGUGUCUCUUAAUGAUGAAAUCCAAAAGUUAUUUUAUAAUGAAUCUUCUCCUAGAGAGACUAUUCUUCAGCGGUGAAGAUUGAAAAGAAUAUCCUUCAAUGAAACUGAUUUAUAAAUGAAACACACAGCCAACUACCGUCAAUGUCCCGCCUACAUCAACGCCCUCCACUGCAAAGAAAUCAAACAAGACAUCAC